AUGUCAGCUCAGGAUUCCUCUCUGCGUGAGACCAACUGGCCCACUCUGGCCAGCUACGUCUCUACACACAACGACACUUAUCCUUUCAUCGAUCCGUUGAAAGCCGACCUAACAGGCAAAUCAGUCUUCAUCACUGGCGCCUCCAAAGGGAUCGGAAAAGCGACCGCGAUUCGCUUCGCCAUGGCAGGCUGUUCCAAAAUCAUCCUCGCCGCCCGCUCUGGCAUGGCGGAUGUUGAAGCGGCUGUCAUAGAUGCUGCCAAGAAGGUCAAUCGGCCCCGACCUCUCAUUCAUUCCGUCAAGCUGGAUAUCACAUCAGAGGAGUCCGUGAAAGCUGCUGCAGAAACAGCGCAGGAGAUACUCGAUGGCAGCCUAGACAUCGUGAUCAACAACGCAGGCUGUCUUGAGGAGUGGAAGCCCAUCGCUGAGUCUGACCCGUCGGAGUGGUGGUGGACCUGGGAGGUCACCAUGAAGGGCACUUACCUCUCUGCCCGUUAUUUUAUCCCACUGCUUCUCAAAUCAUCAACCAAAACUAUCAUCAAUAUCAGCAGUGUCGGCGCACAAAUCAUCGUUCCCGGGGCGUCAGCAUACCAGACGAGCAAGUUCGCUCUGUGCCGAUUUACUGAGUUCAUCGACAAGGAAUAUUACGAGCAGGGAUUGGUCGCCAUAUCGAUUCAUCCGGGCGGGAUCAAAACUGAGCUGGCUUUGAACAUGCCCCCUGCGAUGCAUUCUCAUUUAAAUGAUACGGCGGAGUUGGCUGCUGACACGAUGGUUUGGUUAUCUUGUGAGAGGCGGGACUGGCUGUCGGGGCGAUUUAUUACGGUCAAUUGGGAUAUGGAGGAACUUGAGAAGAAGAAGAAGGACAUCCUUGAAGGAAACUUGUUUAAGUUCCGUAUGAAGAUCUAA